CAAAAAUCCAGGGUAGCGUUUGCAGUCAGAAGGCAGGAGCCCCGGGACGGAACACUUUCUCCCAUCCAGGGUCAGAUCACAAGGUGAACAUCGGUUAUUUUAUUGAGCAGUGAAGACUUCACUGAUGAAGACUCAGCAAAUUAUCUGUCACCAAGAGGUGUGACAACUAAACUUAGACAAUAAAAAGGAAAAAGCCAGAUGCAGGUUGCAUGAACUACCACUUACUGGACAUCUUCAAAUCCUCCAGAAUCAACAGAGCAACCAGGCAGCAACGAAGAAAUGCAGGCCAUCGGCAACCUCACCACGGUGCCUGGGAACAGCAGUCUGUGCACCAGAGAUCACAAAAUCACGCAGGUGCUCUUCCCACUGCUCUACACUGUUCUGUUUUUUGUUGGACUCGUCACAAACAGCCUGGCCAUGAGGAUUUUCUUUCAAAUCCGCAGUAAAUCAAACUUCAUUAUUUUCCUUAAGAAUACGGUCAUUUCUGAUCUUCUCAUGAUUCUGACUUUUCCAUUCAAAAUUCUUAGUGAUGCCAAACUGGGAACGGGACCACUGAGAACCUUUGUGUGCCAAGUCACCUCCGUCGUAUUUUAUUUCACAAUGUAUAUCAGCAUUUCAUUCCUUGGACUGAUAACGAUUGAUCGCUACCAGAAGACCACUAGGCCAUUUAAGACAUAUAAUCCCAGCAAUCUGCUGGGGGCCAAGAUUCUCUCUGUGGUCAUCUGGGCCUUCAUGUUCUUCAUCUCUUUGCCUAACAUGAUUCUGACCAACAGGAGGCCAAGAGACAAGAAUGUGAAUAAAUGCUCUUUCCUGAAAUCAGAGUUUGGUCUGGUCUGGCAUGAAAUAGUGAACUACAUCUGUCAAGUCAUUUUCUGGAUUAAUUUCUUAAUUGUCAUUGUAUGUUACACACUCAUUACAAAAGAACUAUACAGGUCAUAUAUAAGAACCAGGGGAGCGGGCAAAGUCCCCAGGAAAAAGGUGAAUGUCAAAGUGUUCAUUAUCAUUGCUGUAUUCUUCAUUUGUUUUGUUCCUUUCCAUUUUGCCCGAAUUCCUUACACUCUGAGCCAAACUCGGGAUGUCUUUGACUGUGCUGCUGAAAAUACUCUGUUCUACGUGAAGGAGAGCACUUUGUGGUUAACGUCCUUGAACGCAUGCCUGGAUCCAUUCAUCUAUUUUUUCCUUUGCAAAUCCUUCAGAAAUUCCUUGAUAAGUAUGCUGAAGUGUCCCAAUUCUGCAACAUCGUCUCAGGAAAACAGGAAAAAAGGACAGAAUAGUAGUGACCCCCAUGAAGAAACUCCAAUGUAAACAAAUUAAUGGAGGAAAAUAUUUGAAUCAAUUGGGGAUCAUAAUUCCUUAAAUGAAAGCACUAUGUAAGUAAGAAUUAACACUGACUACCUAACAAUGAAGUGAAUGACAGUGACUCUUGAAAAAUAGAAAACUACAAAAAAUUUUAUUUACUUUUCCAGUAAUAAGAGGUAUCUCUAAAUGUAGAAAAAUAACCUAACUCAUAGAAGCAGAACACACUGCAUCCAAUUGCCAUUCUGCACACAAAACUAUACAAAAUCCACAAUGUGCAGUUUUGCCAAAAUGGGUAAUCAUAUAAUAAUACCUACUUGCAAUUUUUAAAAUAUAUCAUUGGCCACAAUUUUUUAUAACCAUCUAAGAAAUGAUGGUUAUAAUCAUCUUACUAAAAGUGAUACCUACGAUGUAUAUGUGUGUGUGGAUAUACCCUAGUCCCUACUGUGAUACUUUUUAUGAAAAUUGAAGUGGCAUAUGCAAUGAAUAAUAAAUACUAACUUUUAAUUAUUAGCAGAAACCUAAGGGAUUUAAACUAAUUGAGAUGACACUUGAUUAGACUGAAUUUUUUUUUAAAUGUUCAUUAAGGAGACAGAGAUUUAAAGAAUACCUUUUCGAUAAAGAGCAAAAAUAUCAAAUGAAGUCAGGAAAGGAGAGUUACUUUUAUAACAUUCUAAUACUAGACAAAAAAAUAUCGGUAUUUCCUUAACACCAGAGCAACUGGUUUUACUAAUAUUUUGACAACAUCAAUGAAUUUAAUAGCAUCUUUGAUGCCUUUAUUAACUAGCUUCUAGAAAAUACCUGCUACUUGGGUUAGUGAACAUUUUCAAUUAGUGAGAAAAAUUAAAUAUAAUUACAGUGUUGCAUGGCCUAACUACUAAGUGAUUUGACUAUCUGUUAUAAUAUGCAUAUAAAAAUGUACAUUAAACUGUGUAUCACA